CACACCGACGACGAAGAAGGUCUCUCACCCUUCCUAAUCUAAAGCGAGCAAGGAAUUAGCUCCAGACUGAAACGUCGCUCUCAUUUUCCCGCUCGCUGUCACUCGCCCCCUCUGCACACACUGUGAGUGCUGGCUGCAGCACGGGGAGACUGUUCAACCCGGUGGUAGGAGAUGCAAGUCGGUAGAAUGAACGCGGUUAUGGCGAGCCACGCAGUCGCGCCACGGCAAUGGGUACCGCCCAGUGCGGCGCAUACAUGGAGACGAGGCAAGAGUUUGUGGGGGCAAAUUCAAUGGCGGGCGGCGAAUGCGGAAUUGAGGAGCCGCAAGCCCUUUGGUCCGGCCUUCAAGCGGCCAUGGCAUCGCCCGGCGGCAUCGCCGCGUGGAGCCAAGGCACUGCGAGUGCACGCGGCGUUGAGCCUCGACGCCAGGUGCAGCACCGCCACCGCUCAAGAUCCCUUCUCGCUGCUCUCCACCGUUCCGCCACUCCGCGCGCCGCCGCUGGAGGAGAGUCUCGCGAUGGCGGACGAGGCGGGCGGAACGCGGCGGUGGAGACACGUGAACUCGGAAGGGACUUGCGCGGCUGUCGAAGCGCCCUCAACCCCCAAUCGCCUGGCGUCCCGCCUGGGCGUGCUCAUCCUAACCGCGGCGGCGGCAGCGGCGGCGGGGGCGGGCAUGUCGGCGCAAGCCGUGCAGGCGGAGGCCGUGCAGGCGGAGGCCGUGCAGGCGGAGGCAUUGCAGGCUCCGACAGCAGCUACGCCCACUGGGGCGCCUGUGCCGUCCGCAGCACUGGCGGUACCGGAGGCAGACUGCCAGGCGGCAGCAGCGUUGCAGCUGCCGCCUGUAGCGGCGGUUGCUGCUGUUGCCGUGCCAACCGUCGGUCCGAUUGGUAGCAGUCGUUCUCCACGUCAGCAGACAGCUCAGCAGCACGUGGCAGCGCUGGAGGGGCGCGUGGCGCGCAUGAUGGCGUGGGUGCGGCAGGGCAGGCGCGGGCACGCGGGGGGCACGGCGGGCACGGGGCGAGAGGGGCAGGCGGCAACGGCGCAGCAGGCAGAGCUGCGGCGGCGAGUGGCGGGCGUGGUGGAGGGGCGCAGGGCGACAAGUGGGAAGCAGCAGGGGGAGGGGGAGGGGGAGAGGGGGCUAGGGGCGGUGAGUGUGGAGGAGGUGGGGAGGGGAGUGGGAGGAGCGGGGUUCCAAGAGAUGGGUGGAGAGGAUGUGCGGCGGAGCGGCCAUGUGGAUUGGCUCAAGGGGAUAGCAGGGCAGUACGGCAUGGCGCUGCCAUCGCCUGCAGGGGCCAGGGGAGGAGCAGCCGUGGCAGCAGAGGCGGAGUCAGCAGCAGCGGCAUCAGCGGUGGUGGCGGGGAGGGUGCUGGCGGCAUUGAGGGGAGCGGAGCAUCUCGCGGGGGCGGCACAGGAGCGCGCCACGGCGCCGGGCUCUCUGCCCCCUGCAGCUGCAGCCGCUAAGACAAGGUUGCAAGCGCCGGAGCAGCAACUGUCACGACUGGAACAAAAGCUGCGCGACGCAGAGGCGAGUCGCGACCGCUACGAGGCGGCGGUGCAGUGGACGGAGGGCCGCCUGGCAGCGCUGGCCAGCCUCGCCCUCACCGUGGGCAGUGCGCCCUCGCCCGCCCUCGCCGCCUCCCGCUCCCACCUGCUCUCCUCUCUCGCCUUCGCCCAGAAGCGAGCGCAUGAGGAGGAGCAGCGAGUCAACCAACUCCGCCAGCAGCUCGCCACCACCUGCAAUCUGCCGCAUUCCGCCUCCUCCCCCUCUUCCUCGUCCCCAUCCUCCUCACCGCCCUCCACCGCACUGCCUCCAUUCCAAUCGGCCAUAACGCCACCUGCGCCCCCAGCCUUCCUCCUUGCACCGUCAACAGCACCCCUGUCAACCCCCCCCUCUACGUCAUCACCCCCCUCCGCCUCCUCGCACCCCUCCAAACCAGCUCCGCCUCGCUCGCAUUCCCUGCCAUCGCGGCCCCUCGCCCACACUUCUUGGCACCCUACCGAGGCCGCUGCCCACGCCACCAGCACCACCCUCACCAGCAGCCUCAGCCCCGCCAGCAGCCUUGCUGCGAUGAGCAUUCUCCAGCAGGCGCCAGUGCUGGUGGAGGGGGUGCGGGUGGGGGAGUGGGCGCGGGAGUACGUGGCGGAGUCGGUGGCACAGGAGCUCAGCAAGCGACGCACGGGCCACGGGGGCGGCAACUGAUGUGCCAGACAAAGUAGACGCCACAGCAGCCUUCAGCAGGCAUAUUUCUUUGCUCGUGCAAAGAUAUGUACAUAGUUUUUGUGCUGUAUUUCGUUCAAUAGCGAAGCCUACAAGGAGACAAACUUUGUGCAAUAUAUUGAUGGGCAUUGGGUUAUGAUUUCAAGAUAUGCAAAGAUAUGAUUACAAGGAGACAAACUUUGUGCAAUAUAUUGAUGGGCAUUGGGUUGCUCGUGCAAAGAUAUGUACAUAGUUUUUGUGCUGUAUUUCGUUCAAUAGCGAAGCCUACAAGGAGACAAACUUUGUGCAAUAUAUUGAUGGGCAUUGGGUUAUUUUGGGCCAUGUCCACAAGGGCAAGUGGUACAAUACGGA